AUGUGUCGUUCCAUCUACAGUCUCGCAUUCUGCGGCCACGAGUUUAUUUCCGGCAAGCAGAAAUGCGAAAGCUAUCUAGCCUGGGAGGCAGCAAGGAGUCGAAAAAGUGCUCCCCCUCCUGCAUGUUCCACUCCCGAAGCCGAUCCCCACGACGUGAAAACCUUCGAUUAUAACUGUUACGAGUGCAAGCCGAGGUUUGACACGUUUCGUCUGGAUAUGGUGGAGCGUCGCGACGAAGCAAGUCUCAUCAGGCGAGACAUGGACAGGGCAAUUGUGGCUGCUGGUGGCGCGUAUACUGGAAAACAGCGAUAUGAGAUCUUGAAGCGCUUCGAAGAUUACAACCACGCUUUCGAAAUGAUGUUUGAGGACGUCGAGCAUGAAUUCCACAGUACUCAUAAUGUCCUUGAUCGUGUUCGGGGAGAAGCUGAGUCUGCCAAAAAGGAAGUUGCUGAAUGGAAAGAGAGAGUAGCGAGGCUUUGGGAAAAGGCUGCACUCAUCCUUCUGUUGAUUAUAAAUGUUCAUUUUGAGCAUGAAGCUGUCGAUCAAUUUGUGGCUGCUAUUAAAGGUGCCAUGCUUCGCCAACUGUCCUUCAAAUCCGGCACCUGGGCUUUGUCCGUAUCGAACCGCAUCCAGAUAUUAACUCGACGGAAGUAUGCGCGCGUCUCGAAAGUUGGCGAAUAA